UAUGGCACCGUCCACACGCCCUACGACUUAUGGCCCUCAACAAACAUUAAGUGUAAGGUGAGGCCAGUGGGUCGUUAGGCACUCAGCCUGGCACAUAUACGUCUGUGUUCAAAAUUUUCACACUGAAACAAAAACAAUUGACAAUGAAAGUUUAAAGAAAAGAUAAUAACCGGGUGCUUUCCAGAAACACACAUUAGAUUUUUAAUUUAAAAAAUACAAUUGUUAUUUGGAAUGAUGUGAUUUAAAAUCAGUUGUUACAGAGCUUUGCAACACGCGACUGGAAAGUGUGACUGCGGAAAUGGUGCAACAAGGCUGAGCCUCUGACGAACCGAUUGCAAGGAAAAGUGGAUUGUGACUGACGAAGCCGCCCAAAGUCUUGUGCACGAUGCCACGACGACGAAAAGACAAUUCGGAAGGAGGUGGAGGUACCGGAGGAGGGGGAGGAGGGCGUGUGAGGGAGAAACCCGUCCAGAGGAACGCUGCCAAUGCCCGGGAAAGAGCCCGCAUGAGGAUACUCUCGAGAGCCUUCUCCCGCUUGAAGACGACGCUGCCCUGGGUUCCAGCGGACACUAAGUUGUCCAAAUUAGACACCCUGCGACUGGCAACUUCGUACAUUGCUCACCUUCGUGCCCUCCUGCAAGACGAUGCCCAGCCCAGGUCCCAAACACACCCACUGGCUCUGACCUGGCCCUUCAGCUUCCAACGUGCUAACGAGCCAGCCAGCGGAGCGAUGGAGGUGACAAGCGACCAGAACGACAGCUAUGCAACUCAUUGCAAUAACGCGACAACGACGACGAUAAAUCACAUGAAUACACAUCAUAUGGACAGGUAUUUCGGCGAUGACCUUCCCGAUUAUGAUUACUAUCCUUCGGAGCUUCUGCACAUCGCUUGAAGUGGUUAGCUGUGUUUCAUCAUACGGAUGAGCGGAAAGAUAGAACUUUCAAAAGUGUGAAACCGAUUCUAAUUUAUAAAAACUCUAUCAUCCAUCCUGGGAAGAUUUACGCAUCACCAGAAACAGAUGUUUCAGUAGACAACAAAUCUAGCGCUUAUGACUUUAGUGAAAACUUGGAGAUAAGAUUUGAUUCAGGCUAGAAUUUCCAUGAUGAGCGAGACGUCAUUGGUGGAAUUAAAUACCUUUGGAGAUAAAGGAAAAUGAAUCUAGUGUGAAUUAAGGAUAAAGGAAAAGCAGAACAUUCGUUACUGAACAGUAUAGGCGAAGACAGGCUUGAGAGAAUAUUUCGUUCACUAAAAUGUUAAUAUACACCAAGCAAGGUCGUAUGACCUUGACACCAAGAAUACUAAAAAUCAGCGGACCUUUCUGCUUACUCGUGUACUGUCAACCAAAUGAAUAACGUUUCUCGUGGCUUCCAGUAAAUUGGUUAACAUAAAAGUGUAAGCGGUGAUGGCUGAUAAACUGAUAAUGACUUUAGGUAUACCAUUAAGUCUGAGAGAUAUACGUAGGGCUGGCCCUAAUAAUGAUACAUUUACAUUAAGUUAAAGUGUUUGAGCCCCUCGAGGCCUUUGUUAUGGUGAAUGUCCAAUUGUAUCCAGGGGCUUAUUUUAGUGGAAGAUAAACGAUUCACUUGCAUAAUCUCAUAAGGCUCGCUCAAAGGAUAUGCUCUUUGACGAGAGGUGAAAAUUAGAGCAAAGUUUCUGGAGAUGUUGAACUGCUAUGUGGGAAGAAAAGCCACAGAGAAUUGAUGAAAAGUUAGAGGCAGUAAGGAUUACUGUGAAGAAAAUUUAGUGCCGGCAUCUGUUUCCUACGUAGUGUAAGACGAUUAAUCGCUGGCAAUGUUCUCCUGGUAGGAAACAUGCCAUUGCUCAGUUGACUACAAAUUUCUCUACGUGUUUUUGUAUUAUUUGAAUGACUGAUUGGAUAAAUAAAAAGCCCUAUUACGUUAUUGGUUGUGCUUAACCUCUUGGUUGACGGUAACACGUAAUAGAAAGAAAAUUAAAGAUUGAUAUACAAUUAGAUUUUGUAGAAUUAAAGUUAUUGUGUUGAUUUAUAGAUGAACUUCAUAUUUGGUCUUAACCUAAUGUUGGUAAAAGUAUCUAUUCAGCAUCAGUCUAGUCUUUAUAAGGCAUCUAAGCUAAAAAAAAAUUCAUUCCCAUUUUGUAAUGUACGAGUUGUUUUCAACAAUAAGAUGAAUAUUAUUAAGAU